UUGAUUACGCCUUACCUUCAUGUCAAUCUCGUAUGAGUUCUACCGUUCAACAUGGACUUCCAACAAAACUGAUCAUGUUGUUCAACAUAUUCUAAUCCUCUGAAGAACCGACGACACAAACCAUGUCUAAUUUCAACUCCAAGUUUCUGAUUUUGGUUUUCACAGUCACACUGUUACCUAUAGCUUUAUCAGAACCAGAUGCCAUAAAGGCUUUGGUCAAACGUUUGGACUCAAAGCGGCCAUCUUCUUCAGUUCAAGAAGCUGCAGCUAAAUCUGUUCUUAAGAGAUUGCUUCCUGGCUAUGUUUCUAGUUUCAAGUUCAAGAUUGUCUCCAAUGAUGUUUGUGGUGGACAGAGUUGCUUUUUGAUAAGCAAUUACAGCCCCUUAAGCAAGAGUGGGCCUGAGAUAGUGAUUAAAGGAAGCACAGCAGUUGAAAUUGCAUCUGGCCUCUAUUGGUACUUAAAGUAUUGGUGUGGUGCUCAUGUCUCGUGGGACAAGACUGGUGGCAUUCAGAUAGAUUCUAUCCCCAAGCCUGGAUCACUGCCUCUUGUAAAAGCUGAGGGGGUGAUGAUUCAGCGGCCAGUCCCAUGGAACUACUAUCAAAAUGUUGUUACAUCUAGUUAUUCCUAUGUUUGGUGGGAUUGGGCAAGAUGGGAGAAAGAGAUAGAUUGGAUGGCUCUUCAUGGGAUUAACCUGCCUUUAGCAUUUACAGGCCAAGAAACCAUUUGGCAGAAAGUUUUCAUGGAUUUUAAUAUUAGCAAGGAAGAUUUGAACGAUUUCUUUGGUGGACCUGCUUUCCUUGCUUGGGCUCGCAUGGGAAAUUUACAUGGAUGGGGUGGGCCUUUAUCUCAAAAUUGGUUGGAUCAACAAUUAGCUCUACAGAAACUGAUACUAUCCCGGAUGCUAGAACUAGGCAUGACUCCAGUGCUGCCAUCAUUCUCUGGGAACGUUCCAGCAGCUUUGAUGAAGAUUUUUCCUUCAGCAAACAUAACUAGACUAGGGAGCUGGAACUCUGUUGAUGCUAAUCUUCGUUGGUGCUGUACUUAUCUUCUCAACCCCUCUGAUCCUUUAUUUGUUGAAAUUGGGGAGGCUUUCAUUAGAAGACAAGUCAAAGAAUAUGGGGAUGUGACCGACAUCUACAGCUGUGAUACAUUCAAUGAAAAUACCCCACCUACAAAUGAUACAACUUAUAUCUCGUCGCUUGGAGCUUCCGUCUACAAAGCCAUGUCCAAAGGUGACAAGGAUGCUGUGUGGUUAAUGCAAGGUUGGCUCUUCUACUCAGACUCUGCUUUCUGGAAGCCACUUCAAAUGGAGGCACUUUUACAUUCCGUUCCAUUUGGGAAAAUGAUAGUUCUUGAUCUAUUUGCUGAUGUCAAACCAAUAUGGAUAAAUUCAUCUCAAUUUUAUGGUACUCCUUAUGUCUGGUGUAUGCUGCAUAACUUUGGUGGAAAUAUUGAAAUGUAUGGCAUCUUGGACGCGAUCUCUUCAGGUCCAGUUGAUGCCCGCACCAGUGAAAAUUCAACCAUGGUCGGUGUUGGCAUGUGCAUGGAAGGAAUAGAGCACAAUCCAGUUGUUUAUGAGUUGAUGUCUGAAAUGGCAUUUCGCAGUGAAAAAGUUCAAGUUCUGGAGUGGUUGAAGUCCUAUUCCCGCAGACGCUAUGGUAAAGCAAUUCAUCAAGUUGAGGCAGCUUGGGAAAUUCUUUAUCACACAGUUUACAAUUGUACAGACGGAAUAGCAGAUCAUAACAUUGAUUUUAUAGUCAAAUUUCCAGAUUGGGAUCCGUCAAAUGCAAGCUCUGCUUUACCUCAGGCACAUUUAUGGUAUUCCACUCAGAAGGUGAUCAAUGCCUUUCAACUCUUCCUUGAAGCUGGAAAUAAUCUGGCUGGAAGCCUUACAUAUAGGUAUGACUUGGUGGACUUGACACGGCAAGUACUGUCAAAGCUAGCAAACCAAGUAUAUUUGGAUGCUGUGACAGCUUUUCGACAGAAUGAUGUAAAAGCGUUAAAUCUUCACAGCCAAACAUUUAUUCAGCUCAUAAAGGAUAUUGAUGUACUUCUUGCUUCUGAUGACAAUUUUUUACUUGGAACCUGGCUCAAAAGUGCAAACAAGCUAGCAAAGAAUUCUUAUGAGUUGAGGCAGUAUGAGUGGAAUGCAAGAACUCAAGUAACAAUGUGGUUUGAUAACACAAAAACCGAACAGAGCAGUCUUCAUGAUUAUGCAAACAAGUUCUGGAGUGGGCUACUUGAAGGCUACUAUCUACCACGGGCUUCAACCUACUUUCAGUAUUUAUUGAAAAGCUUGCAAGAAAAUGAAAGCUUCAAGUUAAAGGAAUGGAGAAGAGAAUGGAUUUCAUUUUCGAACCAAUGGCAAGAAGGUAUCGAGCUUUACCCGGUGAAGGCCAAAGGAGACGCACUCGCUAUUUCUAAAGCCUUGUAUGAGGAAUAUUUUGUCCAGAGGAAAAAGAGUAAGUAUCAUUUUCAUACAGGUGGCAACCGGGUACUACUCGUUACCCGGUGACCGGCAAAGGAAAUGCACUUAGCAUUUCUAAAUCCUUGUAUGAAAAUCAUCUCAAUUGUGCAUGUGGGUAGUUCUUGAUGAAUUCACUCUGUAAUGAUGAUGCUCUUGAGCCCUUCAAAAUUUUGGGCUUUACUGAUAAACUUCCAUCUUCAUUCAAUUUGUAACUUGAAAGUAAUGGACAUUGUUCAAAGUUGCAAGCAGCA